AUCCUACUCUGAAUGUUUUUGGUAUUGUGAUAUUUUAGUACUUUGCUAACUUGUUCGUUGUAUUGAUUGCUAUAAAUUAGUAUCAGCAGAACUGUAAAUACAUGCCUGAUAUAAUUUGAUCAAAACAUUUUAAGAUUAUUAGAAUAAAUCUGUUGUCACAUCAUAAUGCUGAUUUGGUCUCUUUCCUUAUUUGACCCAAGUGGAAAAAUGAGGAAAAAGCUGAAUUGCUUUUAGUGUUCUGUUAUAUGACCUUUCACAUAGCUGAAAAGAUUUUUAUAUCACCAUAUUAGUAACUUUAGAAUGUUUCAGUACAUUAUGGAAAUGGGCAAUAGCUUCAGAAAAGCUAUUGUGGGAAUUCUAAAUUUUAUAUGGACUUGUUUAAAGAAUCAAAACAAAUUUGACUAUUAGGUCUGAUGUUUUAAAAACUUAUGUCAGCAUUAAUUUAGAAACCCACCCAUCUUUGUAAAGGGUCAGAUGGUCAAUAUUUUUGGCCACUUGUCUCUAAUUACUCUGCUCUGUAGGUAUAACAGAAAAGAACCAAAGAUGAUAUGUAAAGAAUUAGCAUGGCAAUAUUCCAAUAACUUUAUAUACAGAAACAGUGAUGGGUUGGAUUUGUCCCUGGCCCAGAUGAGUAAUCUAAACUCUGGCCGUACAUUGGAAUUGCUUGGAAAGCUUUUCAGAGAUAUCCUUGCUGGACCUUACUUUAAAACAAUUUGAGAUUCUAAUAUAGACAGAUCUAAUAAUGUGCCUAGAUAAUAACUGACCUAUAACUAGUAAAUGAGCAUAGAUUAAAUCCAAUACAUCCAUGGAUUAAAUUUCUACCUACUGCCUACUUAACAUUACUGUAUAGAUUUCGCCCAAAACCUUGUUAAUCAUUUAUGCUCUUUGUUUCAACUGUUAUUUUAGCUUCUCUCUCAUAAAAUUUGAGAAUAGACGAGAAUUGUGGAUGAGAAGAAAUGGGUUUAACUGAAUUCUAUAUUUUAUAUUAGACAUUGAAUUAUACAUAAAUAUGCUUUUACAAAUGUCCCCUUUCUUGGGUAUAUAGAUAUAAUAUCAUAGCUAUAAAAAUAAAUACUCAGGUAAAUCAAGGUCUCUCUUUGGCUGUUUCCACUUCUGAUUAUUUUAUUCUCGUUUCCUCUCUCAUCUUUUUUUUUCAUGACUUUUCUAUUAUCUUUAUCCAAAUCUGUUCCUUUAACUCUGAUCUUACUUGGGAUCCAAACUCCAGUUUUUAUUUGUCUGCUUUCUAGUUUUCUCUGUGUAGCCUGCGGCUCUUCAAACUCUGUGUGCUUGAAAACCCACCUUUCCAAGUAAAACCAAACCAGUACUGGAUCAAACAGUACUGAAUUGUCACUCUUCCUCUUAAAGGUGUCCUCAUUUUAUGGGCACCCUCAUAGUAUUACUUAAAAAAUUGCUCAUAGUAUGAUCUGUGGGACACAAGGCCAAUUUAAGAUCUUCUAGAUUGUGAAACAGAAAGCUUUGUAGGGAAUUGGAGGAGCUAUUCUAUGCUGAUAUGUUCUAAAACAUAUUCACUACUUAUGCCAGGCAUGCAUGUGAUCUGUUUAUAUACAAAUAAUCAAAACACCCAUGCAUAUAAAAUGAAAAAAAUUUAAAAAAUAAAAUGAAAAAACUUCAAAGAUGCUAUGGAGACUGUAGGAUGUAUACUAGAGGAUCUUUGGAACCAUGUGAGUUGAUUUGUUCCUUUUCUCUAGCUGGAGUCUCCCCUGUUAGAUGGUUACCUUAUUUUUAGGUAAAAUUGCCAAACUUAUAUUAUUAUUUAAAUCCAAGGAAUCAUAACCUAUGGCUUUUGAUUUAAAUUUUUAGCUGCAAUCUGUUCUGUGUACCUAUAAAGUAAAUGCCAUGUAACUAGAACCCAGGAUAGGGUUACUUGUUCUCCAAAGGUCAUGUACCUACUGAAGUUGCUGAGUCAGUGUUCUUGUAGCUCAGUAUGUUUAUAACAGCCUUGUUUCCAUUUAUUUCUGCAGAGCGUAGUGAAGUUAAUGAGGGGACUGCUGCACUGCAUGAUCAGACAGGAUUGCAUAUCAUCCACAGCCUAGAUGAAGUCAAUUUUAUACAGAACCUUGUGUUUUACAUUGAAGCUGCAUAUAAAACUGCUGACUUUGGGAUAUGGGAACGUGGAGACAAGACCAACCAAGGCAUCUCGGAAUUAAAUGCGAGUUCAGUUGGAAUGGCCAAGGCAGCCCUGGAAGCACUAGAUGAAUUAGACUUGUUUGGUGUGAAAGGUGGGCCACAAUCAGUUAUCCAUGUCCUGGCUGAUGAAGUACAACACUGCCAGUCAAUCCUAAAUUCACUGCUGCCCCGGGCUUCAACAUCCAAAGAAGUUGAUGCUAGUCUGCUGUCAGUGAUCUCUUUCCCAGCCUUUGCUGUAGAGGACAGCCAUUUGGUAGAGCUCACCAAACAGGAAAUCAUCACCAAGCUCCAGGGUCGUUAUGGCUGCUGUCGUUUUCUACGAGAUGGAUAUAAAACUCCUAAAGAGGAUCCAAAUCGUCUAUACUAUGAACCAGCUGAGCUGAAGUUAUUUGAAAACAUUGAGUGCGAAUGGCCAUUGUUCUGGACAUACUUUAUCCUUGAUGGGGUCUUCAGUGGAAACGCAGAACAGGUCCAAGAAUAUAGAGAGGCUCUUGAUGCAGUUCUCAUCAAGGGCAAAAAUGGAGUCCCGCUUCUUCCAGAGCUGUACAGUGUUCCCCCUGACAAGGUUGAUGAAGAAUAUCAAAAUCCUCACACUGUGGAUCGAGUCCCCAUGGGAAAAUUGCCUCACAUGUGGGGUCAGUCUCUAUACAUUUUAGGAAGCUUGAUGGCAGAGGGAUUUUUAGCUCCUGGAGAAAUUGAUCCCUUGAAUCGUAGGUUUUCUACUGUGCCAAAGCCAGAUGUGGUGGUUCAAGUGUCCAUUCUAGCUGAAACAGAAGAAAUCAAGGCCAUUUUGAAGGACAAAGGAAUUGAUGUGGAGACCAUUGCCGAGGUGUACCCUAUCAGAGUACAGCCAGCUCGUAUUCUCAGCCACAUUUAUUCCAGUCUAGGAUGCAACAGUAGAAUGAAACUCAGUGGACGACCCUACAGGCUCAUGGGUGUGCUUGGAACAUCAAAACUCUAUGACAUUCGCAAAACAGUCUUCACUUUCACUCCACAGUUUAUAGACCAGCAACAGUUCUACCUGGCCCUGGACAACCAGAUGAUAGUAGAAAUGCUUAGAACAGAUCUUUCCUACCUCUGUAGCCGCUGGAGGAUGACAGGCCAGCCCACCAUCACUUUCCCCAUCUCACAUACCAUGCUUGAGGAAGAUGGAACCAGCUUGAAUCCAAGUAUUCUGGCAGCACUCCGAAAAAUGCAGGAUGGCUAUUUUGGUGGGGCAAGGAUUCAGACAGGUAAAUUGUCAGAGUUUUUGACAACAUCUUGCUGCACACAUUUAAGUUUCAUGGACACCGGACCUGAGGGUAAGCUGUACAGUGAAGAUUAUGAUGAAGACUAUGAUGAGCUGGAAUCUGGCAACUGGAUGAUGGAUAGCUAUGAUUCAACAAGUAAUGCUCGCUGUGGUGAUGAAGUUGCUCGUUAUUUAGACCACCUUUUGGCACACACUGUUCCCCAUCCUAAACUAGCUCCUACCUCACAGAAGGGAGGGCUAGAUCGGUUCCGAGCUGCUGUGCAAACAACUUGCGACUUAAUGUCCUUGGUGACCAAGGCCAAGGAGCUGCAUGUACAGAAUGUUCACAUGUACCUUCCUACAAAGUUAUUUCAGCCUUCUCGCCCUUCAUUCAAUUUACUUGACUCACCUCAGUCUCCACAGGAUAACCAGGUUCCUUCUGUUCGUGUAGAGGUACAUCUUCCAAGAGACGAAUCUGGGGAAGUGGACUUCCAGUCGCUGGUUUCACAGUUGAAAGAGACUUCAAGCUUACAAGAGCAAGCUGAUAUACUCUGCAUGCUGUAUUCAAUGAAAGGACCUGACUGGGACACUGAAUUGUAUGAAGAAGGGGGUGCUACUGUCAGGGAGCUUCUUAGCGAACUAUAUGGCAAAGUUGGUGAAAUUCGGCACUGGGGUCUGAUCCGAUACAUCUCUGGAAUCUUAAGGAAGAAGGUGGAAGCACUUGAUGAGGCCUGCACAGACCUUCUCUCAUACCAGAAACACCUGACGGUAGGACUUCCUCCAGAACCUCGCGAGAAGACCAUCUCUGCACCUCUACCAUAUGAGGCACUCACUAAGCUAAUAGAUGAAGCCAGUGAAGGAGACAUGAGCAUUUCAAUCCUUACACAGGAAAUAAUGGUAUAUCUUGCCAUGUACAUGAGAACUCAGCCUGGCCUCUUUGCUGAAAUGUUCCGACUUCGAAUUGGUCUGAUCAUACAAGUUAUGGCAACAGAACUGGCUCACUCUCUUCGAUGCUCAGCUGAAGAAGCCACAGAGGGCCUGAUGAAUCUGAGUCCUUCUGCCAUGAAGAACCUCCUGCAUCACAUCCUCAGUGGCAAAGAGUUUGGAGUGGAACGAAGUGUUCGUCCCAUUGAUUCAAAUGUGAGUCCUGCUAUUUCCAUCCAUGAGAUUGGUGCUGUUGGAGCAACAAAAACAGAACGAACUGGAAUCAUGCAGUUAAAAAGUGAGAUAAAGCAGGUGGAAUUUCGUAGACUGUCUGUCUCUACUGAGAGUCAGACUAGUGAUGGUCAUCCCUCAGGUGUAGAUUUGAUGUCACCAUCCUUUCUGUCACCUGCAGCCUGUAUUGCUGCAAGUAGUGGAUCCUUUCCUGCUGUGUAUAGUCAACAGACAUCUAGAGACAGUCGUCAAGGUCAAUGGCAACGGCGGAGAAGACUAGAUGGAGCACUAAAUAGAGUACCGAUCGGAUUUUAUCAAAAAGUAUGGAAAAUUUUGCAAAAAUGUCAUGGACUUUCUGUGGAAGGUUUUGUUCUUCCUUCUUCAACCACAAGGGAGAUGACCCCAGGCGAGAUUAAAUUCUCUGUCCAUGUGGAGUCUGUCCUGAAUCGUGUACCUCAACCAGAAUACCGCCAGCUUCUGGUUGAAGCCAUCCUUGUCCUUACCAUGCUGGCAGAUAUUGAAAUUCAUAGCAUUGGAAGCAUCAUUGCUGUGGAAAAAAUAGUACAUAUUGCCAAUGACUUGUUCCUUCAAGAACAGAAAACCCUUGGCGCAGAUGAUGUCAUGUUGGCAAAGGAUCCUGCAUCUGGCAUCUGUACUCUUCUGUAUGACAGCGCACCCAGUGGCAGAUUUGGCACAAUGACCUACCUCUCCAAGGCAGCUGCUACCUACGUGCAGGAGUUUCUGCCACACAGCCUCUGUGCCAUGCAGUGAGGGCUGUGGGUUCUGGCUGCUGGAAUCCUUUCAACAUCUGGUCCCUGUGUUGGCUGAUUGUGCAUGGAACUGAAAUGUUAACACCUGACCACUCCCCAUCCCUCCCAAGAAGAGAGAACUUUGCUGAUAAUCUCGAUAAUCUCACUACUUUUGAAGAGAAGAACCCUCACUUGGAGACUCACUCCAGUGUGAAGGUUCAACUGGGUCUACAAUCACUAUCCCUGCUUCUUUUAUGGUUCAGAAAUAUCUGCAUGUGUUUUUACUCUGUAGAACUGUUACCAGCUUAGUUUUCUAACUCCUUUUGGGGAACAUGUAUUAAUAAGUUAUUCUGAAGCCCUUAUUAUUCUUAUUUCUGGGCUUCCUUUCUUUUUGUGUAUAUGAGUGGUGUGUCUUAAUUGGGUCAUUAUUUCAAGAGAGUAGAUGCUAAAUUGUUGGAUUUUAUAUUGCUGUAAAUUUGAAAUGUCUAAUUUAAGUGCCUUAAGAAAAGCCAACACAAGAUCCUUCUUCACUCAAAGGCUGCUUCAUUUUGAGUGGUGAAAUAGUUUCUUUGUAGAAUAUUGCCUUUUGCUGUUGUCCUUUCUGUAUCUGCCCAUGUUGCCUGCUCUAUGGUGAAAUAUUAAAAAUGUAAGGUCACAUAUAA